UUAAAUUACAAUUCUACGGGUAUAAAAGAACAAUACGCAUCCAUGUACGCGCUCACCGUUCUGCUCUUUUUGGGAUCUCCUCACUACAGUUCCGCAGGCGACAGCAUGUUUGCCUUAAAGCUGUUCGGAGAGCUGGCCAAGGCAAAUUCUCUUCAGAAUAUCGUAUUCUCACCGUCGUCAAUCAGAACAGCGCUUGCCAUGGCCUACAUGGGCUCCGAAGGCACCACUGAGGAGGAGCUAAAGAAGACCCUUUCACUGGAAGGAGCCGACAAGAACGAGGUGGCCCAAGGAUUUGCUCAGCUUUUGGCUAAGGGACAAAACCCGAUUAUUCCCGAGGGAAGGUUUCAAUCUCAGUUCAGCUAUGCCAACCGUAUCUACGUGGCCGAAAAGUUCGUGCUUGAUCAGGCCUAUCAAGGAUUGGUGGGUAAAUACUUCAACGCACCCGCCGAGAAUGUAAAUUUCGGAGACAGCGUGAAAGUGUCCCAGAAAAUCAAUUCCUGGGUGGAAGAGAAGACCCAUCAUCUAAUCAAAGACCUCGUUAGCCCCGACUCACUCACCCCUGACACUGCCGCCAUUCUGAUCAAUGCGAUCUAUUUCAAUGCCCAUUGGGUAAAGGAUUUCAUUGAGUCCAAUACGAAGCUACAAGACUUUGUGUCCUACGAUGGGGUGAGGGUGAAGACGAGCACCAUGUAUCAGAGGGAGUUUUUUAGGUACGCCGAGUUGCCCUCUCUGAAGGCCAAGGCAUUAGAAAUGACCUACGAAAACACAAACAUUGUGUUUCUUAUCAUUCUGCCUUUAGAGGAGCAGGGACUGAGUGCACUCGAGGAGAAGCUUAGUGGAGUGGACCUGAACGAGAUUAGUUCGCAGUUGAAAUCAGAGCUCGUGCAGGUACAGCUGCCCAAAUUCAAGCUAGAGUUCGAUGUCUCCCUGGUGCCAGUCCUGAGGAAGCUGGGUCUAGAGACCAUGUUCAGUGACAGAGCCAAUUUUAAAAGCCUUGCCCAGGGCCCUAACUUGAAGAUCUCUGAUGUGGUGCACAAGGCCUUUAUCGAUGUGAACGAGCAAGGAACCACUGCCGCUGCCGCCACCACUGUGAAGAUGGUGGUAAAAUCGAGCUGGUUAUAUGACGGGCCGACAUAUAAUUUCAUCGUUGAUCAUCCCUUUUUUUUCGCCAUCAAAGACGAGCAGAGCACCUUCUUUCUGGGUCACGUUACCCGGCCAAAUUACUGUGAGCAUAAUAAAAAUGAUUCGAAAAAAAACGAGAAGGAACGUCUCCUCUCGUCACAGAGAACGAUUAAAUUACAAUUCUACGGGUAUAAAAGAACAAUACGGUACUCGGCUUAUUCAUUCAGCUUCAUCAUGAUGGCAUCCAUGUACGCGCUCACCGUUCUGCUCUUUUUGGUAUCUCCUCUCUACAGUUCCGCAGGCGACAGCAUGUUUGCCUUAAAGCUGUUCGGAGAGCUGGCCAAGGCUAAUUCAGAAUAUUAUUAUUAUCUUCAGAAUAUCGUAUUCUCACCGUCGUCAAUCAGAACAGCGCUUGCCAUGACCUACAUGGGCUCCGAAGGCACCACUGAGGAGGAGCUAAAGAAGACCCUUUCACUGGAAGGAUCUGACAAGAUCGAGGUGGCCCAAGGAUUUGCUCAACUUUUGGUCAAGGGAGAAAUACCCAAGGGAAUUUUUGAACCUCAGUUCAGCUAUGCCAACCGUAUCUACGUGGCCGAGAAGUUCGUGCUUGCUCAGGCCUAUCAAGGAUUGGUGGGUAAAUACUUCAAAACACCCGCAGAGAAUGUGAAUUUCGGAGACAGCGUGAAAGUGUCCCAGAGAAUCAAUUCCUGGGUGGAAGCAAAGACCCAUCAUCAAAUCAAAGACCUCGUUAGCCCCGACUCACUCACCCCUGACACUGCCGCCAUUCUGAUCAAUGCGAUCUAUUUCAAAGCCAACUGGGUAAACAGGUUCUCCGAAGCCAUUACGAAAGACCACGAUUUUGUGUCCUACGAUGGGUUGAAAGUAAAGACGAAUACCAUGUUUCAGUGGGAGUUUUUUAGGUACGCUGAGUUGCCCUCUCUGAAGGCCAAGGCAUUGGAAAUGCCUUACAAAGGCACGAACAUUGUGUUCCUUAUCAUUCUGCCUUUAGAGGAGCAGGGACUGGGUGCACUCGAGGAGAAGCUUAGUGGAGUGGACCUGAACGAGAUUAGUUCGCAGUUGAAAUCAGAGCACGUGCAGCUGCAGCUGCCCAAAUUCAAGCUAGAGUUCGAUGUCUCCCUGGUGCCAGUCCUGAGGAAGCUGGGUCUAGAGACCAUGUUCAGUGACAGUGCCAAUUUUAAAAGCCUAGCGCAGGGCCCUAACUUGAAGAUCUCUGAUGUGGUGCACAAGGCCUUUAUCGAUGUGAACGAGCAAGGAACCACUGCCGCUGCCGCCACCGCUGUGAAGACGGUGUUUGUAUCGGGCCAGAUACAUAAAGGACCGACAUAUCCCUUCAUCGUUGAUCAUCCCUUUUUUUUCGCCAUCAAAGACGAGCAGAGCACCUUCUUUCUGGGUCACGUUACCCGGCCAAAUUAGUAACAGCUUAAUAGUAUUUUUAACUGCAGCUGUGGAUCCAUGCACUUAUAUAUAGAUUUGUAGUGUGACCGCUUGCGUAAGCUGUUAAUAAAUAUCAUCUUCGUCGCAAGAAGA